AUGUAUGGCCUUGUCUCUGCGGCCUACUUACUCCUGUUUCAUCCACUCGCCAAAUAUCCUGGCCCUCGGUGGUGGGCUGUUUCCCGUAUCCCUUGGGCAUACCACAUCAUCAAAGGCGACUUCUGGUCGGUAUUGGACCACCUGCACGAAAAAUAUGGCAGCGUGGUUCGGAUUGCCCCAGACGAACUAACGACGAUCCAACUCGAGGCCUGGAAGGACAUCUACGUUGCCAAGCCCGUGUUGGCUAAAGAUCCCUACAGUCUGACUCCGCCGCUGAACGACGCUCACUCUUUGUUUACAGCGGAGGGUGAAACGCACCGACGUCUACGUGGUGCGCUCGUGAAUGGGUUCUCUGACAAGUCGCUUCGCGAUCAAGCACCCAUCGUGGAGUCUUAUGGAAACCAGCUUAUCGCGCGACUCCGGCGCGAGGCUGCCAAGAGUGCCGAUGGUACCGUCAACAUACAGAGGAUGUACGGCUACGCAACCUUCGACACCGUCACAGAUCUUAGCUUCGGUGAGGCGUUGCUCAACACGCUCGAAGACGACUCCGACAAUGACGAGAUUCAGGCUUUUUUCUUGCACGCCAAGUUUAGCACGAUCAGGAACUGCCUAAGCCGCUUCUCACCCCUUGACAUCUUCCUCGGGCUCUUCCUUCUUGGCGUGACACGUAAGACCCGCGAGCGCAACUGGCGCCUCACAACAGAAAAGAUUAACCGCCGGCUAGCAAGAGGAGAUCUCACAGGUGUCCGAUCGGAUCUUUUGACGCCACUGGUUGGCAAGCUUGAUGAGAAGGGGGAGGCAAAGCGUAGCAUCACCAAGGCAGAGCUCACUACUAACCAGCUAGCUUUUGUCAUCGCUGACUGUCAACUAACCACUGUCGCCCUUGCAACGGCGACAUAUCUUUUGCUGCGAGACCCGUCUAAGUGGCAGCGGCUCUCCGAGGAGAUCCGUGGGAGCUUCACGAGCGACGGGGACAUAACUGUGCAGUCCACCCUGGGUAUUCCUUAUCUCGAAGCUGUCAUCAAUGAGACUAUGCGCUUCCGCCAUCCGACUCCAAUUAGUCUUCCUCGGUGCAUCCCUCGCGGGGGUCGGUCGGUAGAGGGACAGCUUAUUCCAGGCAAAGUGAGGGCAUAUUUCUUGUCGGCCGUGCCUCUGCCGUUGCAAAACUAA